AUGAAUAUCGAAGGUCAUGUCAGAAACUUUGAAACACAUGAACUACCAGCAAUGUUAGACAGUAAAGCCGACAAAACUUAUGUGGAUACAGAACUAACAAAGAAAUUUUCGAAACCAGAUACAAUGACAUUUACAACAGAAAUUAUAAAUGGUGAACCAUCAACUCCAUUUGAAUUUGUUAGAGGUCUUCAACCAGAUACUUUUGAAUUUUUCUUGGAUAAUUCUAUUGAACUAACAUUACAUUAUAAAAGUGGAACAAAUGCAACAUUUCAUCCGGGAGAUACAUUCCAAAUGGUAUUUAAUGACAUAAGUUCUUUAGAAUAUGUUUAUAGAGUUAUGAGCAUAUAUGAUUUAAUAUAUCCUAUAGGAGCUGUUUAUACGUCUAUGAAUCCAAUAAAUCCAAACACUUUAUUUGGUGGUAGAUGGUAUGAAAUAGUUGACAGUUUUCCAUUCUACACUAAUACGCAGUCAAUGAAGAUGGGAGGUUCAAAGAAAAUAGGUAUUGAAAACCUUCCUUCACAUAUGCAUAGGUUCAGUGGAAGAACAUCUGUGGAAGGAAACCAUUCACAUUCAAUAACAAAAAGAGGUUAUACAAAUCUUGCAGCGGGUUCGGAUAGACAGGGAAUGCAUAGAUAUGAUAUCACAACUGACCCCAAAGAUGUUAGCACAGGUAUUUUCUGUGGAACUGCAGGAAAUCAUACACAUGUUGUAGCUGGUAUUACAGACCCAGCAGGUAAUGGAAAAGAUUAUAUGCCUCCUUAUAUAACAAUGCACGCUUGGAUACGAGUUGGUUAA